GGCAGCACCAGGGGUGGGUACGAGUCACUGCAUGGAGCUCUAAGGGGUGCCCUCCUGAUCCUCUCAGCUCCCUUUAUAGGACCCGUGUGAGGAUGUGGGAAUGGCAGACAAGGCUCAUGAUGAGGUGCAAGGAGCCCAUGCAGGUGCCCUCACCGAGGGCAGAGCAACCCACCCUGAUAAUGAGGGCUGCAUCAAGGCCAUUGCUGAGGAGAAACAACAGAGGGUGCAGUCACAGAUGUGGAAAGCAGUUGUGGGACACAACGUGUCAGUGAAGGUGGAGGCUGAGGGAGACGACUGGGACACGGACCCCGAUUUCGUGCAUCCAUCAGCUCAGGAACAAGGUAUCAGAGGAACACGAGGUCAUCAAGAAGAAGGAGCUGGAGACUGGCCCCAAGGCAUCCUAUGGCUAUGGGGGCAAAUUUGGAACAGAGCGAGACCGAAUGGAUAAGUGCGCAGUGGGACACGAGUACGUCGCUGAUGUUGGGAAGCACUCCUCGCAGACAGAUGCAGCCCAGGGCUUUGGUGGCAAGUUUGGAGUCCAGCGGGACCGAGCCGAUAAGUCAGCAGUGGGCUUUGAAUACAAGAGUGAGGUGGAAAAACACUCAUCCCAGAAAGAUUACUCCAAGGGCUUUGGUGGCCGUUACGGAGUGGAGAGGGAUAAGGUGGACAAAGCAGCUGUGGGAUUUGACUACAAGAGCCAGGGAGAGAAGCAUGACUCUCAGAAAGACUAUUCUGUGGGCUUUGGUGGGAAGUUUGGGGUCCAGAGGGAUCGCCAGGACAAGAAUGCCCUUGGCUGGGACCACCAGGAGGAAGUACAGCUCCAUGCAUCCCAAAGAGACUAUGCCAAAGGGUUUGGAGGCCGUUAUGGGGUCCAGAAGGAUAGAGUGGAUAAGAGUGCUGCUGGCUUUGAUGAGAUGGCAGCUCCCACCUCCUCCUAUGAGAAAACAAGACCCCUGGAGGCAGGAGCCUGCAGUGGCGCCAGUAGCCUGCGGCUGCGGUUUGAGCACAUGGCGCAGUCGGCAGAGGAGGAGAGCAGGAAGCAGGCCCAGGAGGAGAGCAGGAGGCAGGCCCGGGAGCACCGGCGGGCUCAGGAAAUCCCUCCCAGAGAGAAGGAGCCUGCUGGGACUGGGGCAGCCCCUGCAGCCGUGCCAGCAGGGGCACCCAGGGGCGCUGCUGGGGACCAGCCCAUGUCACCAGGAGAGCAGGAGCCCAAUAGGGAGGAUGAAGAAGUACCACCUACUUUGCCACCAAGGCCAGCAGAUCUGGAUGCAGAGCUGUGCAAGGUCCCCAACCAGGCUCAGCCCACCUACAGUGAAAGUUUGGAUGUUGGUGGGGACUAUGAGGAGCUGCCAGAGCCCUCUGACUACUGUGACAGCACCAGUGGAGGUGCUGAGUAUGAGGAGCUGCCAGCCCCGUUGGGGAAGCUGGAUGCCACCUACGACUUUGGAGGAGAUGGAGGUGAAGACUAUGAGGUGAUCCUUCCUCAGGAGCCCAGCGAGAGCCAUCCCCACCUGGGGAACGCGGCCCAUGGCCCUGAGGGGCAGAGCCCCGGCAUGUGCGCAGUGGCUCUCUAUGAUUACCAAGGAGAUGGAGAUGAUGAGAUUUCUUUUGAUCCUGAUGACACAAUCACGCACAUUGAGAUGGUGGAUGAAGGCUGGUGGCGGGGACAGUGCCAUGGCAGAGUCGGCCUCUUCCCAGCAAAUUAUGUGAAGCUUCUGCAAUGAAAUUAGCACAGUGCAAGUUGCUUCCCUCCCAGCUUCUGCCUCUGUCAUGGUUUGACACUGGCCAAAUGCCAGACACCCACAAAAGUCACUCAUCCACCCUGCUCUGCCACAACUUUGCAGAGGAGAGAAAAAUUUAAUGAAGGCUUUGUGAGGAUUGGGAGAAAACACUCCAAGGGCAAAAUAGGCUUGACUUAGAGGUACAAAGGGUCAGAGGAGGAUAAUGGGAAAUAAAAGAAGCCCUUAAAACAUGUUUUUUUCCCCCUAGUCCUCCCUCCUUCCCACCAACAGUGCGGGGAGACAGGACAUGGGAGUUUUGGUGGUUUCAUCACUGAGAUUUUUCUUCCACUGCUCUGGGAGAGGAGUCCUUCCCCUGUGAGACCGUGAGGUCCCUCCAGUGGGAGACAGCUCUCUGUGAACUUCUCUGGCACAGGUCCACUCUCAUGAGCAGCAAUCCUCCCAAACUGCUGCAGCAUGGGUCACUAUUCCACGGGGUGCAGCCCUCCAAGGACAGGCUGCUCCAGCCUGGGAGCAGGGCCCCUCUCCCCUGGGGCUGCCACUGGAGCACAGCCUGCUGCAGGCAUCACCUGCUCUGGCAUGGGCACCUCACCCUGGACUCUGGCUGGAUCUCUGCAUUCCCUGUGGAAUUUUCAGAGCCACCAGAGGUUGGCUCUGCUGGACAUGGUGGAAGCUUCCAGCAGCUUCUCACAGAAGGCACCUCUGUGCCCCCCCUACCAAAAACCAGGCCAUGCAAAACCAACACGUUCCACCUCUUGUGAAUCUCAUAUUGAAGAAGAAGAUCCAAACGAAGUGGGCACAGUUUGUUUUGUUUUUUUCCAGACGGAGAAGAGGAGGAGGUGAGAACGUGUGAGGGAAACAGCCUGGAGACAGCAAGGUCAGUGGGUAAGGAAGGGCAGGAGUGCACCAGGUGCCAGAGCUGAGAUCCCUCUGCAGGCCAUAGUGAGACCAUGGUGUGAAGUGUUUUCUCACAGUCCUUAACUCAUGAACUCUUCAUUUAAUUUUUUUCCCUCCUCUGUGGCUUUUGUGGGUGCAUGGCAUUUGGCCAGUGUCAAAUCACAGCAGCCUCUCUCUGCUUUAGCCUUUUCCGUGUUAUCAGCUUCAUUUGGCUCAGCUUGGUACAUCCACAUUUCAGAGAAAUAUCAAGGGGCAAACUGGCAGUGCCAGAGGGAAUGUUUUGUCUUAUGCCCAAGAGGAUUUUGAUUCCCAUCCACUUCCAGGGGGAAAGGUGGGAUGGUUUAAGAGCAUAUGAGGGCAAUGCAAGGUCUCUUCUAUCGAGGCUGCCCCACCUGUCAGCCAUCAAGCCUGCAGGAGUGUGUCCUGUUCCCAGUGGGGCAAUUCCCAGAGCAGAAAUACCAAAUCUAGUCCAGGCAAGGCAGAAGGGAUGUGAGCUGUGGGACCUUUGUCAGUUGCUGUGGCCCUGGAUCUCAUCCUAAUCAGGCGUCAGGGAAAAGAGCCCUGGGAAAGCCAAAUUUGUGUUUAUUCCAAGGAAGGGUUUCCAUUUUUAGGACGAGCCAUGUUUGCAGCGUGGACCAGAGAAACAUGAACGUUGUCUGUGUGACCCUUUAGGGCACAGGUGUGUCUGUCCCUCCGUCCCAGCUUCUGCUCUGGCCUGGCUCAAGCCAUGUCCCAGUGAUUCUGUGACAGCUUGUGUCCUCUGUGCCUGCUGGAGGCUCCUGAAAAGCCUGACUCUUCAUCACAGAUGUGAGGAAAAGGCUGGGUAUGUGGGAAGCAGGACAGGAGGAAACAUUUUAUUGCUGAUGUUUAAAAAACAGUUUUCAGAAAUGCAAAAGUAAAGCCCUCUCUCAAGCCAAUACCGCUUAGGUGGAUGUUCAGCUGUGGGAACUGUUCCUCUGUGGGAUGCAGGUACCAUCACAGCAGGAAUAAACCAGGGACAGCUGAGUAGAACAGCACCUGAGGGGCUGAGGGGCUGUGGAAGCACACCUGAGAGGCUGCAGGAACACCUGAGGAGCUGUGUGAGCACACCUGAGGGGCUGUGAGACUGAGGGACUGUGGGAGCACACCUGAGGGGCUGAGGGGCUCUGGAAGCACACCUGAGGGACUGAGGGGCUGUGGAAGCACACCUGAGAGGCUGCUGGAACACCUGAGAGGCUGCAGGAACACCUGAGGAGCUGUGGGAGCACAGCCCAUCACUGCCACUGCCAGCAGUGUGUGCAGAGGGUGCCUCUGUGGCACCAAAGCUUUAGAGUUCAGUGUGUUUCUAGGUGAGCUCUGGACCACCCUGCAGUUGGCCAAGCCUGCACUACCUGUGCAGGAGUGCAGGAGUGUGGCAUUCCUGCUCAGUGUUUGAUCCUAGGAACACCCAACGCUGUCUGUCUGUCACAGGAAAGGUGCAUUGGGAUUCAGGUUAAAAAUUAUCAAUUUUAAUGUAACUUUUCCGGAGGUUUCUUGUUUGAGUUUCUGGUUGGUUGGCUUUGGGGUUUUUGUUUGGAGUGCUUUGGGUUUUCUGUUUCUCUGAGGCAACUUCCCCAGUGUUUUUCCUUGUGUGGUUUCUGCUGUUUCCUGCUGUCCCAUUCCAGGGGCUCCUUAGAAAGGUGUCCACUGGUCAGACUGAUGUGCCCAGUGACACUGGACUGAGGGUGCUUCAAGGACUUUUUAGAGUCCAGAAGGGUGUAUAGCAGGGAGGGCUGAGGGGCUCACAGCCUGUCUGGAUAGGAGCAACAGCCCAACCCAACAGGUGGGUUACAGAAACAUUUCUUUCCCUGAAGCGUAAAAUCAGCACGUGUUGUGCACUAAGAAAUGGCAAACUGCUCUCUCUCAGCAAGGCAGUAUGCCUCCUAGUCCCAGCUCUGACUCUCCAGUGGGUUUCUUUGGGAACAGAUGAGAUCCUGUUGGGUAUCUCUUGGUAAUUGAGCUACAGAUGAGCGUGUUUGGGUUGUGUGACUGCAGGUGUCACCUGCCUGUGUCAUCUCCCUUGCCCUGGUGAGCCUGUGCUCCUGGCUCUGCUCAUGUGCCUCGUGCACACCUGCAGAUUGGGCUGCUGCCCCCACAGCCACAGAAUCAUCUGAGCUUGGGGCCCAGCUGCAGACCCCUGGCCAGUCACCCAGAGCCACAGCACACACCACAGAUGCACAGGGAAACUUUUCUGGCCGUAAAGCAAAGCAUUUCUGGUGAGGAGUUCAGUGCCACCAGCUCUCGGCUCAGUGCCAAGACCUCCGUGUCCGAGUGCAGCACUGAGGCCGUGGGCGGCCUGUGCAAGCCGCUGUGCUUAUGUGCAGAGUGCUGCAGAGCCUCCCUGGCAGCCUGAGGAAACCCAGCAGACAUCAGAUUUGAAGCCAAGGCAAAUGGGGACAGUGGAUGGUGGAACAGCCCCUCUUGCCCAGGCCAGGUUUUGCAGUCCAAGGCACUGUCCUUGUUCUGCACAGAGCCUGACUCAAGCCCUGGGGCAGCCCUGGGGCAGAGCUCGUGGCUAUGCUCAGGGCCAGCACAUGUCUGGCUCCACAUGAAUUUGCCUUUUGCAGAGCUGCCUGGCAGGAGCACAGCUGCAGCACAUGGCAUCUGGAAAAUAAAGACAGAAUCCCGGA